AUGCCUCCCCUCCCUGGAUAUGGGGCAUUUGUUCAACCGCGCAUUAUCUGCUACCACCAAACUUAUCACCCAAACAACGGCGGCAAAUACAUGUCAAUGCUACCGCUGACUGUUAAUAAUACGGGAAUAACACAUGUGAUUCUUGCUGCGAUCCACCUCAAUGAUGGGCCAGGGAAUAUCACUCUGAACGACCACUCACCGGAGCAUCCCCGGUUCACCUCCUUAUGGACUGAAGCGGGCGUUAUGCGAACCCGGGGGGUCAAAGUGAUGGGAAUGCUGGGCGGGGCUGCGCGUGGGACCUUCGAGCGUCUCGAUCAAGACGCUGAUAUCUUCGAGCGGUAUUACGUCCCUCUUCGAGAUAUGAUCCGGAACCACCCCCUCGAUGGUUUGGACCUUGACGUGGAGGAGGAGAUGUCGCUGAGAGGCAUUAUCCGAUUGAUUGACCGUCUCAAGGCUGAUUUCGGCGAACAAUUCAUCAUCACGCUGGCCCCCGUUGCGACCGCCCUGAUCGAGGGAAUGAACCAUUUGUCUGGAUUUAAUUACAAAGCGCUCGAGGCUGCUAGGGGCUCGAAGAUUGCAUGGUACAAUACCCAAUUUUACAAUGGCUGGGGUACCAUCGAAAAUUUGGAAGUAUAUGACCGGAUAUUGUCAGAGGGAUGGUCGCCACGGAAAGUUGUGGUAGGAAUCUUGACUAAUCCUGCAAACGGGUCGAGGGGUUAUGUGCCCAUGAACCGUUUAAGCGUUGUUCUGGGGAUGUUAAUGGUAAAGCAUCCGACUUUUGGGGGAGUCAUGGGGUGGGAAUAUUUCAAUGCGUUGCCCGGAGAUGUUCAACAGCCAUGGCAGUGGGCGGCCUUAGGACCACAAAAUGAAAUUGUUAGACACUCCUCGUCUGCAGCAAGACACAAUCAAGUCCCCGACACAGGUCAAUUCAUGGGUGAGAGGGCGAAAAGCCGCACCUGCUUUCACCUCGCGAACCACUGUGACGCUAUGCCUUCUAUACAGACCACCCUAGCUACAACAAGUUCUAUUUUAAUGCGGCUUUCAGGUUAUAUAUUUCUGAGAUGGAUUCCAGGACACCAAUUUCCACCACUAAUUGUCACCUCGUUGCUGGUGUAUUUGACCUCGGUCUUCGUCAUUGUCUCAGGGCCUGCAUUUAAACAAGUGCAGCAAAGGGAUCGUUCGAUAGCAAGCGCGCGAAAAGAUACCAGAACGGCCAAAGGAAGCUUAAGUUCGGGUGAAAGUAGCGAAAGAAGCAGAAAUGGGGGGGAAAGAUCUUUAUUAUCCGUUCUUGCAACCGGUUUACCUUCCACACACGCGCCCUAUGUCAAUCUGGCGACUGUCGGGAUAAACAUAUUAAUAGCCCUUGGUACCCUUGAUGCUGUUACCCGGGGCCAGUAUAUGUAUCCAACUACCGAGUUGGCCUUUUCACGAGUCGGAUAUGUAUCAUCAACAACUGCCAACAUCCUGAUACGCGAGCCCGACGUUAAACAGCUUCCUAUCCGUAUAUCGUACAGGGUGAUAGAAAACGGCCGCGAGGGCGAGUCGUUUGAAGGGGGAGUAAUAUAUGUUAUCAACAAUGACACCGAUUACACUUUUCCUAUUACUUUGACUGGACUUCAGCCUUCCAAGGAAUAUCAAUACUCGCUCUCAAAUAACAUGUCCGGCAAAUUUAAUACCGCCGCGGCUCCUGGCUCCGCUGCAGCAUAUAGACUCAGUUUCCUAAGCUCGAGUUGCAUGAAGGCAAACUUCCCUUACAACCCUCUAAACCACCCCUUGCGGAUCUACGGCCUCGAGCUUAUUUCCACGAUUGUGUCAAAGCUUCCAUCCUUCUCACGGCCGUCAUUCAUGCUCUUCCUAGGGGAUUUUAUCUAUAUUGACGUACCCUUCCGCUGGGGAUCUUCCAUCUCCCACUACCGCAGCGAAUACCGCAAAGUCUACGCGUCUCCAUCAUGGUACACUGGUCCAGAACCCGCAAUGAACAUCCCUUGGAUACAUACCUUGGACGACCACGAAAUCGCAAACGACUGGCAUCUAGGAAACGAAACCGACCCCUAUCCAGCAGCAUUCGACACCUACCGCCAUUACCACAUGAGCGUUAACCCACCAACCGAUAAAUCUCCUUUCUCCGUCCCAUUCAACACCACCUAUUUCUCUUUCACGAACGGCCCCGCUUCCUUCUUCAUGCUCGAUACGCGCACAUAUCGCUCGGAACCUCUACGGGACAAUUCCACAAUGCUCGGUUCCGCACAGCUGAAUUCCCUUCUUCACUGGAUCUCCCGCGAAGAACCCACCGGCGUUCAGUGGAAAAUAAUCGCCAGUAGCGUCCCGUUUUCGAAAAACUGGCGCAUCGGGACGGAGGAUACAUGGGGCGGGUUUCUGGGUGAACGCCGCCGGAUCUUUGACGCUAUCUGGCGGGCAGAGCGUGAAUUGGGAGUCCGCGUCGUGCUUCUGAGUGGUGAUAGACAUGAAUUUGGCGCGAUAAGAUUUCCCGACCCGUUCCUAGCGGGCACACCGGGGCAAAAAGGAUCUGGGGCCGACAGUAGCCCUGAAGACGGAAUGGGUAUUCACGAAUUUUGCACUGGUCCGCUGAAUAUGUUCCACGUCCCCGGUGGCAUAUUUUCGCAGUCUGACGAUGAGGAUGUCGUAAUCAAAUACCUGCCCGCGGGUAAUAACAAGUUGGAGGGAGCGAAGAGUCGGGUGUUGCCGCCUGGGCAAGUGGUGUUUGAUAAGCCUGAAGGCGUUAGCGUCGUGGGUAAAAUGAAGUGUGUUUUCGGCGAAGCUCAGGUAUUGGUGAAGUCCCUGAUAAAAUCAGUUACGGGUAUGGUCAAGCGGCUGGUGCUGCUGUUGGUGAAGAAGGAGGUUGUGCCAAAGGGGUAG